AUGGGCCGCUCUAACUUGAAAUUUUUUCCCAAAUUGGGUGCCCCAGGCGAACAACGACCCGAACAACGGAAUACGGAAAAUAAUUUAGAGUACAAUCGUGAAGAACUUCAAAGAAGAUCUACCGACGAAAAUGAUGAUGAGGAAGUUGUUUAUCCGGUACUAGAAGUUAACAGCGAAGAAACAUCUAGCGACGAGGAAAAUAGUGAAGAACUAAUGGAAACUGAAUCGGAAACCGUAGGAAAUACAUCCGGAAGCGAGCUUUCACAGUAUGUUUCCAAGGUUUCGGAUAAAGUUUUAGCAUUUGUCGCUGCUGGCUGCUACGAUCACUCUACUGAUACCACUGUAUCCAGGGUUCUGAUGAACACCGCAGUUCGACGUGAACUAGCGGUCAGAGGAGAACAAGCUACGAGCCACUGCAUUACAAAUCUUGUGAACUCAAUUCCAUCGCUAAAGAAAUCAGGAAUAACAUGGAAGAAUUCAAUUGAAGUGAACUGUCUAGACAAUCUCAUCGAUGUGCAACAGUGGAAGCAUUAUGGAACACUUCAACUUCCAUUCGGGAACGCCUACGUGUCGUUGUUUCAAAUGGGAGCGCCAACGGGCGAAAGUAACACCGAAAAGCGCCCGCAGGACGCAGAGGUGUCCGAUUUUCCCAAUGAUGACAAUGCGGAUUUCGAUGUUAACGUCCCAAGUGCAGCCAACGGCGGCGGUACGAAUCCAAGCGAAGGAGCUAGUUUAUCAAAGAUGUCCAGUUAUGGUUUCUGGAACUGCUCCGCGUUAAUUAAAAAAUGCUGCUUUACUAAUUCUGGAGUUCUACUCUCGCGCCCUGAUUGCGUCGCAAACAUCAGAAAUGUGAUGAAGAAUAAAAACAACAUCGAUUUCUAUGAAAUUUUACGCUUAAAAUCCCACGAGAGCAGCAAAAACGAAUUGAUUUCGAGUUUACUCGAUAUCAUGGCUGUUAAAGCAUUCCAGGAAGAGGAGCAGAGGAAGCCAAUUGUAAAGUCGAAAUCAAAUGAGGUUGCCGUUGUUUUCGAUUUGAGUUCAGCCAACGCUUUGCAAUUGUCGAUACAAUUGCCAAGCAGAAAGCAGUUCAAGUUGGCCGAAUUGGUGUCAAUGGCAGACUGUGCAAGCUGGGUAGGAAAAUCGUGGGAGAUCACUAUAGAAACCGCGGCGAGAUGCAUUGGUAGCAAGAUCGCUGAGAGAGACAAAUAUUAUGUAGUAUACUGCCUGCCGAGUUCGCUGAAAAACACGAAAUUUGCGCCGAUCGAUGAAGAGGUCAUCGAAAAUAUCGCUGAAUAUCUUAAAGUUGGAUUUCGUGUCGCGACCAAUGUCUUAGCCGAAAUAACACUUCUAGCCAGAGUGAAAUCAGCAAUAAAAAAUCAAAUUCAUCGCAAACGAUGGGAAAACAAAGACAAAGCUGAAAAGUUGCUGAAGAAGUUGACGAAGCACAGAAAGGCACAUAUCGACGACCACCAGAAUACCGAAUCGCCGUCAAAUGUGUCAACAUUCGACGACAGCAUCUCGACAGUCAACGAGAGAGAGAAUUUCGGAUCACAUAAUUCGCUUCGUUUGUAA